UUAACGCGGUUUUGCUUCACGUGUGGCCGGUGUUUGGAGUUUCUAAAGGACGCGGACCAGACGGAAACACUUGAAACGCAGGCGUCGUCUCGACAGCCGGACAGUGUUAAUCAAACCGAACAUCCAUGCCCAUCAUACAAACAGUUCAUGGAGUACAGAAGCUCCAAGUCUAAAGAACGACAGGCUUUUAACUACGGGCCAAAACGAAGAAAUAGGCCUAAAGAAAGAAAAAACGUCCAGAUAAACGUAGGAUUGAUGGUGCCACAUGGAACUGAUUUAAAACCUCUAAGAGGGAAAACGCUCCCGGUAUUUACAGACCCAGAAGUAGCAGCACCCGAUCUACUGAAACAAGCUGUGCAGAAAAUGAGAACAUUUAACAAGGACAUGCACGAAGGACCUUAUGUCCUUUUGUAUCCAGACUGCUCAGAGGUGGUCCAUGUGCCCGGGUCAGAAAGGCCAUUCAAAUUGGCAGAAUAUAAAAAGGAAAUAGGAAAGGCAUAUUCCAGGAUCACUUUUUUCAUUUGCCUAGAAAAACACUAUAAAGGAGUGGAUGAUACCUCAGACUCUGAUUCUGAAAUUGUCAUCACAACAAGGAGCAGAGCCGAAUUCAAUCAAGCUGACACUUUGGUUUUUGAACCAAAAAAUCGAAGUACUCCUAAACACAAACUAGAAGAUGAAAGGGAGGAGACGGACAUUUCAUUACCUGACAUCGUGGCAAACCUGUCGCUUCCUAUUGAUCAUAAAAGAGUCAGUCGGUUCAACAUCUCAAGGGCUAAUGUUUGGGAUGGGGCAGUCAGAGGUUUCAAGCGUACAACAUAUUCUGAAACCUGUGACAUGCUGGUCAAAUUCACUGAUGAUACUGGUGUUUUGGAAAAGGGAAUUGACACGGGUGGUCCAAGACGAGAGUUUUUAACUCUACUAAUGAAACACCUAAAAGACCGGCCCAUUUUUGAUGGACCAGAAGGACAUCGGUUCUUGGUCUACAAUGCAAAUGCUGUUAGGGAGGAUGAGUACUACCUGGCAGGAAAGAUGAUUGCUGUGUCAGUUGUGCAUGGAGGUCCAGGACCCCAUUUCCUGUCAGAAGAUCUUGUACAUUAUCUUUCAGGCCAGCCUUCAUUCAAAGCACCAAUUAAUUUAAUAACUGAUGAAGACAUAGGGAAAGCUUUGCAAGAGAUUGAGAGUGCUGCUUCAUUGGAUGCUCUGCAAGAAUGCAUGAUGAGACACAGCACAAUGUUACAGACAGCAGGUUGUCUGAGGCACGUGGCUACUGUCGAAGAAAAGAAAGAAAUCGUGUCCGACUACCUUCAGUGGUAUAUUAUUGACCGCAACUCAUCUGUAAUUGACAGAUUCAGAGAUGGUCUUUCAACCCUGGAGUUUUUGACUGCACUACAGCAACACCCUACUUUGCUGGCCCCUGUUCUGUGCCACUCUGAAAAGCGACUCACUGCUUUUGAACUUGAGAAACUCUUCAAACCUGACCUCAGUCCAUCAGGGAGUAAUCGACGACUUAAAGAAAGUCAACCCAUGGCCUAUUGGGCAGAUUAUCUCCUUGAUUGUGAAGAAGGCCAGGCUGCUGUGUCUGUGGAAGAUGUUUUGAUGUUUGCUACUGGGCUGUCUUCACUUCCCCCAUCUGGCUUGGAACCACCGCCACAAAUAGAGUUCCUGAAUGACUCUGCGUUCCCCAUGGCAAACACAUGUUCAAACUCCUUGAGAUUACCACUCCUAGACUCAUUCACUUUGUUUAAGUCACAAAUGGACUUUGGAAUUCAAAAUAGUCCAGGAUUUGGCUGUUUCUAA